CCGGUGGACCCCUCUUGCCUGACAGACAGUCGACAUGAAGCCGGGGGGAGGCUCCUCGGUCCCGGGGACAGCGCCCAGAACAGCGUCUGGAUGGGAAGUCCCGGUAGCAGAGGACAUGUCGGAGCCGGAUCCUGAUGAUUCUGCUUCGGAGCGGGACAUUUACAUGAGAUUCAUGAGACGUCACCGAUGUUACGACAUCGUCCCGACCAGUUCCAAACUGGUUGUGUUCGACACCACGCUGCAGGUGAAGAAAGCGUUUUUUGCUCUUGUGGCAAACGGAGUGAGAGCUGCUCCUCUGUGGGAGAGCAAGAACCAGAGCUUUGUAGGGAUGUUGACCAUCACAGACUUCAUCAACAUCCUGACCAGAUACUACAAAUCCCCCAUGGUUCAGAUCUACGAGCUGGAGGAACAUAAGAUCGAGACGUGGAGAGAGCUGUACCUGCAAGAGACCUUCAAACCACUGGUCCACAUUUCACCUGACGCCAGUGUAUUCGACGCAGUGAACUCGCUGAUAACAAAUCAAAUCCAUCGACUUCCUGUCAUCGACCCGGUGAGUGGGAACGCCCUCUACAUCCUGACCCACAAGAGGAUCCUCAAGUUCCUGCAGCUGUUUGUGUGUGAGAUGCCCAUGCCUGCCUUCAUGAAUCAGUCUCUGGAGGAACUCGGCGUCGGGACGUACGCUAACAUCGCCUUCAUCCACCCGGACACGCCCCUCAUCACCGCGCUGUCCGUCUUCACACACCGCCGCGUCUCCGCCCUGCCAGUCGUGGAUCACCACGGCAAAGUCGUGGACAUCUACUCCAAGUUCGACGUGAUUAACCUGGCGGCAGAGAAGACGUACAACAACCUGGACGUGACAGUGACUCAGGCGCUCAGACACAGAUCUCAGUACUUUGAAGGAGUCAUGAAGUGCAACAAACUGGAAACACUGGAGACGAUAGUGGACCGAAUCGUGAAGGCUGAGGUUCACAGGCUUGUCGUCGUUGAUGAAGACUCUCGUAUCGUCGGCAUCGUCUCGCUGUCCGACAUCCUGCAGGCACUUGUUUUAAUCCCUGCAGGUCUUGAGAGGAAAGAGUCUGUCCCCCCUCAGCCGACCACUCUGGACCCAUCACCACCAGGACUGGAUCAGGUCCAGGAUAAGGUCCAGGAUCAAGAUCUAGAUCCAGGUCCAGAUCUGGUCCAGGAUCAGGUCCAGGAUCAGGAUGAAGAUCAGGUCCAGGAUCAAGAUCCAGAUUCAGAUCCAGAUCUGGUCCAGGAUCAGUACCAGGAUCAGGAUGAAGAUCAGGACCAGGCCCAGGAUCAAGAUCAGGUCAAGGAUCAAGAUCCAGAUCCAGAUCUGGUCCAUGAUCACGAUGAAGAUCAGGUCCAGGGUAAGGGUCAGGGUCAGAAUCAUGAUGAGGAUGAAGAUCAGGUCCAGGAUCAGGGUGAGGAUCAAGAUCAAGACCAGGAUCAACAUCAGGUCCAGGACCAGGAUCAAGAUCAAGAUCUGGUCCAUGAUCAGGAUGAUGAUCAGGUCCAGGGUCAGGGUCAGGGUCAGGGUCAGGGUCAGGGUCAGGAUCAGAAUCAGGGUCAGGAUGAAGAUCAGGUCCAGGAUCAGGGUGAGAAUCAGGAACAGGAUCAGGACCAGGAUCAACCUCAGGUCCAGGACCAGGAUCAAGAUCAAGAUAUGGUCCAUGAUCAGGAUGAUGAUCAGGUCCAGGUCCAGGUCCAGGGUCAGGGUCAGGGUCAGGGUCAGGGUCAGGAUGAAGAUCAGGUCCAGGAUCAGGGUGAGAAUCAGGAUCAGGACCAGGACCAGGACCAGGAUCAACCUCAGGUCCAGGACCAUGAUCAAGAUCAAGAUAUGGUCCAUGAUCAGGAUGAUGAUCAGGUCCAGGUCCAGGUCCAGGGUCACGGUCAGGGUCAGGAUGAAGAUCAGGUCCAGGAUCAGGGUGAGAAUCAGGAUCAGGACCAGGACCAGGAUAAACAUCAGGUCCAUGACCAGGACCAGGACCAGGAUCAAGAUCUGGUCCAUGAUCAGGAUGAAGAUCAGGUCCAGGUCCAGGAUUAAGUCAAGGUUCAGGACUUUCAUGUAGAGACAUGGACAAAAAGAAAACUUGAACCAGAUCUGGACCACGACUCUUUUAAAAUAUAUAAAUACAGACAGAGAGAGGAGAGAAGGAGGAGGUGAAUGAGGAGGGGGGGGGGGGUGUAGGAGGAAGAUGGGGAGUCAAAGGAUGGAGGAGGUGAAGAAGAGGAUGGGGACGCAGCAUGACAUCAUCGGCCGGCGUUUCCCUGGACUCAACAAACGUGUCUCUAAUCACAGAAGAAGAAGUGGCUGACGUGUGAUUGGCCGGAGAGACUUUCAGACUGUGUUUCAUUGGCCGACAGUCGGAGGGCGACUAUUGGACAGAUACUCUGGAGAUGGGCUGGGCUGACGUGUGCUGGAGCCAAUCAGAUCUCUGCUGGUUAUGUACACACAUGUGUCAUACAUGUACACAGGUCAUACAUGUGCUCCUGCAGUUUGUCAGAUUCUUAUCACAGACCCCCCCCCUCUUUGACAGAUGAUCACAUGACUCCAGAGCAGCUGAGAACCAGACUUGAGGAAACUUCUCCACACGACACAUGAAACUCUUUGAGCCACGAACUUUGAAUACGAUGAACCUGAAGAUGGAUCUUUUUUCUCGAUCUUUGUGACAUCAUAAAGGGGCGGGUCAUGUAGUUGUCAUUGGUGCUUUCGUUUUAACUGCAGCUUCUGAUUGGUGGAGAGAUUUAAAUCGCUGAAGGAUUUUCUUCCAGAUGGAUCUAACCUUUGAAAUAAAUCUGAAAACUGUUAUUGUUAAAUGAAUGUGUUCAAAGAUUCCGGUUGUGUUCAGAUUUGAAUGAACCUGAUCACCUCUGGAACCUUUUCUCCUAAACUGCUGCCCUCAAAAGUGUUUCCUGACGUGACCCCUGGGGAUUCUGGGAAACGUAGUUCUGUGUGAUCAAGGCAUUGAAAUCAGAGUCUUCAUGGGGAUCCACUGAAUUCUGAUUGUUUUAUUGUGAAAGAUCUCUUUUCAUGAAUGUUAUGAUAGACAUAGAAAUGCAGUUACACAACUUUAUCUAUUCAUUGCACAAUAUUUAGUUUCAGUCCAACAAUAUGUUCUGCUACUGCAGCACAAAGCGUUAACAAAGGCUUUGACUGGAAUAUGGUCAUAAAUAUUAAUAUUGUAUAAAAGUAUUUGUGUAUUUGAAUAAAUACCAUAAGAGACCACCACACACACACACACACUUAAAAGAAGUCCAUGUAAAAUGUUGAAAUUGUUUAUUUCCAUAUACAAAAAGAUAAAAUUGAAAUAACCCUUUGUAUUCUACAGUGGUUUACAUUGUUCAGUCACUGUGUGUGUGUGUGUGUGUGUGUGUGUGUGUGUGUGUGUGUUUGUGUUUGUGUUUGUGUGUGUGUGUGUGUGUGUGUGUGUGUGUGUGUGUGUGUGUGUGUGUGUGUGUGUGUGUGUGUGUGUGUGUGUGUGUGUGUGUGUGUGUGUGUGUGUGUGUGUGUGUGUGUGUGUGUGUGUGUGUGUGUGUGUGUGUGUGUGUGUGUGUGUGUGUGUGUGUGUGAGACCAAAUACCAGCCCAUUGUUGCUCAAAUGAGAGACCUAGGCUAUACAUGUAAGCUGGUAGUAUUGAUAUUUGGAAGUGUGGGGCAGGUCAUAAGCUUUCGGUCAGUGGACUACGACUGGCAGGACUUAGUAAGACACGAUCUAAACAACUAGCAAAGUUCUGCUCUGUAUCAGCUGCUCUAGGUCGUCUUGUGUUUGGUGUAGGAGAUGUUUCUUGUACCCAUGAGUCACUGAGCUGUAUUCAACCCCUGAGAAAUGUUUGAAUCCUUUUUGUAUGAAUAUGAUUGGUGGAUUCAAAUAAAUUAUUUAAAUGUGGAA